UUCUUCAACAACUGCAGCCACCUUGGUAGCUCGCUAGCCAACAAUUUCGGAACAUUCAAGUUCUUUAGACAAUUUCGUGGUUUAUUUGCCGCUAUGAUUUAAACAUACUUAUGUGGAAACAACUAGCUACCCCAUUUAAUUUAAUAUUUACGUUGUAAGUAGCUAGCUGGCUGGUUAAAUUAGCACUAGUCUAGUUGCUAAUGCUAACUAGCUAACAUCCCCGACCAUGAGCUUACUAAGCUACUCUCCUCCUGCUAAAGAAGAUGAGGCCUGCUGGACAGAGAAAGAAACUCUCGUGGAAGAGGAGGAUGUUACAAAACAAAAACAAGUAGAGGAUGAGACUGUUACAGUGAAAGAAGAAGAAGAAGAGAAAGACGUUUCAGUGAAAGAAGAGGAAGAUGCGUUCAGAGUGAAAGAGGAGGAAGAGGAUGUUACAGUAAAAGAAGAGGAGGCCGAGAAAGAGGAGGAUGCAGUUUAUGGAGUGAAAGAGGAGGAUGGGGAGAUGACCUUCACAUCCAUAAAGGAGGAGGAGGAAACUGGAUAUCUGGGCCCGGUUUCCCAAAGGCAUCUUAAGGCCAGUGGUUCUAACGAUGAAUUUAACCAUAAGGUGGUUUUUGGAAACCGGGGCCUGGUUAAUACUAGAGAGAGACGUGACUAUUGUGGGUCCUCUGGGGAGUCUCAACAACAUCAUGAAGCUGACAAGGCAGAUCAGAGUCUCUCCAAAUCAGAACACCUCAAGAAACACCAACAGAGACCCACCGGGAAGAAAUGUCAUUGCUGCUCUGACUGUGGGAAGAGAUUCAACUCUUCAGGAGACCUUAAAAUACAUCAAAAAAUUCACACUGGAGAGAAGUCUUUUGGCUGUGAUCAAUGUGGGAAGAGAUUUACUGAUUCAAGCAGCCUGAAAUCACACCAGAAAACACACACAGGAGAUAAAUCCUAUAGCUGUUAUCAAUGUGGGAAAAGUUGUACUACAUCUAGCCAUCUAAUUGUACACCGGAGAACACACACAGGAGAGAAACCUUUUAGCUGUGAUCAAUGUGGGAAGAAAUUUACUGUGUCAAACUCCUUGAUGGUGCACCAGAGAAUACACACAGGAAAGAAACCUUAUAGCUGUAGUCAAUGUGGGAAGAGUUUUACUCAACCAGAAAGCCUGAUUGUGCACCAGAGAAUACACACAGGAGAGAAACCUUAUAUCUGUUAUCAAUGUGGGAAAAGUUGUACGACAUCUAGCCAUCUAAUUGUACACCAGAGAACACACACAGGAGAGAAACCUUUUAGCUGUCAUCAAUGUGGGAAGAGUUUUGGUACAUCUAGCCAUCUAAUUGUACACCACCGAACACACACAGGAGAGAAACCUUUUAGCUGUAGUCAAUGUGGGAAGAGAUUUAGUCAAUCUAGUGAUCUGACAGUGCACCAGAGAACACACACAGGAGAGAAACCUUAUAGCUGUGGUCAAUGUGGGAAGAGUUUUGUUCAAUCUGGCCAUCUGACAGUGCACCAGAGAACACACACAGGAGAGAAACCUUAUAGCUGUGGUCAAUGUGGGAAGAGUUUUAGUACAUCUGGGUAUCUGACUAUACACCAGAGAACACACACAGGGGGGAAACUUUGUAGCUGUCAUAAAUGUGACAAGAAAUUCUCAGAUAAAAGACUUCUGAUCAAACAUCAGAAAAUACAUUCAUGAAGCAAUUGUUU